CCGAGCCGAGCCGAGCCGAAUAGCAUCUCCAUCCAUCCUCGGCGGCGGUCGGUCCUGCGCGCGCGGGCGGGCGGGCGGCUGGAGCGCGGCGGGCGCAGCGCCAGGCCAGCCAUGGCCACCAGCACCACGACGGGCUCCACCCUGCUGCAGCCCCUCAGCAACGCCGUGCAGCUGCCCAUCGACCAGGUCAACUUUGUAGUGUGCCAACUCUUUGCCUUGCUAGCAGCUGUUUGGUUUCGAACUUAUCUACGUGCAAGCAAAACUAGCUCUUUUAUAAGACAUGUCGUUGCUACCCUUUUGGGCCUUUAUCUUGCACUUUUUUGCUUUGGAUGGUAUGCCUUACAUUUUCUUGUACAAAGUGGAAUUUCCUACUGUAUCAUGAUCAUAAUAGGAGUGGAGAAUAUGCACAAAUAUUGUUUUGUGUUUGCUUUGGGAUACCUCACAGUGUGCCAAAUUACUAGAGUUUAUAUCUUUGAUUAUGGACAAUAUUCUGCUGAUUUUUCAGGACCAAUGAUGAUAAUAACCCAGAAGAUUACUAGUUUGGCUUAUGAAAUUCAUGAUGGGAUGUUUCGAAAAGAUGAAGAUCUAACUCCAUCACAGAGAGGUUUAGCUGUAAGGCGCAUGCCAAGUCUUCUGGAAUAUUUAAGUUACAACUGUAACUUCAUGGGCAUCCUGGCUGGUCCACUAUGCUCUUACAAAGACUACAUUACUUUUAUUGAAGGCAGAUCAUAUCAUAUGGUCCAAUCAGGUGAAAAUGGAAAAGAAGAAGUACAGUAUGAAAAAACAGAGCCAUCUCCAAAUGUGGCAGUUGUUCAGAAGCUCUUGGUCUGUGGACUUUCUUUAUUAUUUCACUUGACCAUCUCUAAGACAUUGCCUGUAGAGUACAACAUUGAUGAGCAUUUUCAAGCUACAGCUUCAUGGCCAACAAAGAUGAUCUAUCUUUAUGUCUCUCUUUUGGCUGCGAGACCUAAAUAUUAUUUUGCCUGGACAUUAGCUGAUGCUAUCAACAAUGCAGCAGGUUUUGGUUUCAGAGGAUAUGACAAAAAUGGAGCAGCUGAUUGGGAUUUAAUUUCCAAUCUAAGAAUUCAGCAAAUAGAGAUGUCAACAAGUUUCAAGAUGUUUCUGGAUAAUUGGAAUAUUCAGACAGCUCUUUGGCUCAAAAGGGUUUGCUAUGAACGAGCCUCCUUGAGUCCAACUAUCCAGACAUUCAUUCUCUCUGCCAUCUGGCAUGGAGUCUAUCCAGGAUACUAUCUGACAUUUCUGACAGGAGUGGUAAUGACAUUAGCAGCACGAGCUAUGCGAAAUAACUUUAGACAUUAUUUCAUUGAACCUCCCCAACUUAAAUUAUUGUAUGAUAUUUUAACAUGGAUAAUAACUCAGAUAGCAAUAAGUUACACAGUUGUGCCAUUUGUCCUUCUUUCUAUAAAACCAUCAUUCAUGUUUUACAGCUCCUGGUAUUUCUGCCUUCACAUUGUUGGUAUUUUAGUAUUAUUGUUGUUGCCAGUGAAAAAACCUCAAAGACAAAAGAACACAAAUGAAAAUGAAAAUGCGCAACUGUCACGAUCAAAAAAGUUUGAUGAAAGAGAAAAGUCUUUGGGACAAAAUAGUUUUUCUACAACAAACAAUGUUUGCAAUCAGAAUCAAGAAAGAGCCUCUAGACAUUCGCCUUUAACGCAAUGAUGGGGAAACUCAGCGAUGGCUAUAGGUUGUAUGUUAACAGGAACCAAUCUUAGCACCUUUUCAAAAGGUUUGUGUUUGUUUGAAAAGAGAUUCACUGGGGGGAAAUCAGACUGUCAUAGAUGGGAAAUUUCCUGUAUACUGAUUGGAAGUGGAAUGAAAUAAUCCUUCCCAAACCAUGUCCCUGUGGGCCAUGCCUUAUAUAAAAUAAUUCCAUUAAUUCAAUGGGCACUCAGGACCUCAACAUAUGUCCAUAGGGUCAUAUGUGUGCCCUAUUGUUGAAUGUACGUUGCAUAUCCCAAGGCACUAAAGAAGAGGAAAUGGAAACAUAAUUGUGUCAUUCUGGAUGAUCGCGUGAUUAACUUUUCCAAAUGGACGUCCUGCCUUAAAUCUCUAAUUUCCUAAAAUAUUGUUCUUAACUGGUAUUUUCAAGUGUAAUAUUGUGAGAACACAAAUUCAACAUUAGAUGUGUAUUAUAAAGAAUCUUGGAAGCAUUUGAAAAGGCUCUUAUAAGAUUGUAGAUACUUUAAAAAUGCAAUAAACAUCUCAGUAUUUGAAGGGG